GACCUCUUCAUCAUCUGCACUCAACUUUCAUCCACGACAUCAACCGUUUUACCACCUUUCUCACCAUUAUCGACCCCUAAACUCGAGUUUAAGCACGAGACCUUUGUACGAUGAGAUUCUCGACCGUCACCGCGUGUCUGACUGCCUGCUUGGCGCCAGCCGCGGCUCUCAGCGUCCUCAAUGGCCGCGCGCCCGACGUCACGAUCAACGAUGACCUCAAGAUUCCUGGCGAUUCUCCCCUCGAGCUCUGCCCUGGCGACCAUGCUGCCGACCUCAUCAAGAUAGACAGCGUCGAUUUGCUGCCCAACCCUCCCCAGGCUGGCCAGGAGCUGGUGAUCAAGGCCAAGGGAACUGUCAAGCAGAAGAUUGAGGAGGGUGCUUACGUUCUUCUCACCGUCAAGUACGGCCUCAUCCGCCUCAUCAGCACCAAGGCCGAUCUGUGCGAGCAGAUUGGAAACGUCGACCUCAAGUGCCCCGUCGAGGCUGGCGACCUGGAAAUCCUCAAGACCGUCGACCUCCCUGCUGAGAUUCCUCCUGGCAAGUACACCGUGCUGGCUGAUGUCUUCACCGUCGAGGAUGUGCAGAUCACCUGCCUGACUGCGACCGUUGAGUUUUCCCGAAGUAGCAAGGGCUUGUUUGGUCUUGACCUGUAAUGGUGAUUUUCGGCGUACACAACAACAUGCGUAUGGCGCGUUGACUUAGUAUUGAGUAUUGGGCACUGGCACGUUGUCAUGGGUCUCUUGGGUUGACGUUGGUUUGGCGAAUUUCUUGCUCUCGUUUAGCAUCUUUCAGCGGCUUUAGAAUCGAUUUGGCAUAUACGAGAAACCGUCCUUUGUAUCGUUUCCACGUUCUCGUAGCUAGUCAUGCGGAUUGCCCUGGAUAAUAUGUUGAAUGUAGAAUAACAAUACCGCCUGCCUAGCCU